UAUUUUACGAAGAGAUGCAUCGUCGAUAUUAUACAACCCCAACUAGCUACAUGGAGUACAUACGUCUGUUUGGUAGUAAAUUCCAAGAGAAAGCAUCAAGUUUUACGCUUAACCGAGAUCGRCUUUCCAGUGGUCUGGAAAAGCUCGGAGAGUGUAAUUCUCUUGUUGGGACAAUGCAAAAGGAACUUGUUAACUUGGGGCCUCAACUGGAACAGGCGUCUAAAGACACAGAGAAGCUCCUAGAACAGUUUGCACGUGACCAAGAAGCCGUCGACCAAGUUCACAAUGUCGURCAACAAGAAGAAGAGUUCAUGAACCAAGAGGCAAUGCGAGUUCAAGACAUKGCAGACGAAGCACAACAUGAUUUAGAAAGCGUCAUUCCACAGCUCCAGCAAGCUAUUGCAGCCCUCGACGCCCUCGACAAGUCAGACAUAUCRGAGAUACGCGUGUAUACCAAACCUCCUCCAAUGGUGAUGACUGUCUUGUCUGCUGUUUGUGUCCUUUUGCAGCAAAAACCGGACUGGAACACUGCAAAACUGCUAUUGGCGGAUCCUGGGUUCUUGAAGAGUCUUGUUACUUAUGAAGUGCACUCGGCGCCGGAUAGGGUAUUUGUGCGCCUCAAAAGGUACACCCAAAACCCUAACUUCAACCCAGAGGCUGUUGGUAGAAUUUCUGUUGCGUGUAAAUCCAUGUGCGAAUGGGUACUGGCUUUGGAAAACUACAACGAGGUUUACAAGAUGGUGCAGCCAAAGCAGAAACGUUGCGAGGAAGCUCAAGCAGCACUACAAAUCGCUAACGAAAACUUGGUGGGGAAACAGCAAAGCUUGGCUAAAAUCCAAAACCAGUUAGAUAUCCUUCAGCAACAAUACGAUGAUUCUGUCCGUCAAUUGGAGGAGCUGAAAAACAAGAAAGAGCUUACAAUCGCUCGACUCAAGAGGGCUUCAAUACUGACUUCUGUUUUAUCUGAAGAACAGGAUCGCUGGAGCAAAUCUURGGAACAAGUGGGGAAGCUUGCUACAGGUCUUGUAGGUGAUACAGUACUUUCGACAGCGGCCAUUACCUAUCUCGGAGCCUUCAGUUCGACUUACCGACAAAGUCUUAUGAAUCGCUGGAUGGCUUUCUGUGACGAUGCAAAUGUACCAUAUAGCGAGGCUUUCGAUCUGACAAAUUUUCUGUCCGAACCAGUGGAAGUUCAGAUGUGGUUGAAUAAUGAUUUGCCCCAUGGAAAGAUCUCCAUUGAGAAUGCUUGUAUCAUUAAGCAUUGCCAUCGAUGGCCGUUGAUCAUUGAUCCACAAGAACAAGCAAGUAAAUGGAUCAUGACCAAUGAAAGGGAGAAUCGACUAAAGGUUGUUAAAGCAACYGAUCCUAACUACAUCAAGACACUUGAGGAAGCCAUUCCCCUUGGAAACCCUGUACUGAUUGAGGACGUCGGCGAGCAGCUUGACGCCUCCAUUGAACCUCUUCUCACCAAAAACUUUAUCAUGCGAGGAAAUACUCUGGCUGUGUCGUUUGGCGACAAAACCAUCGAAUAUAACGAGAACUUCAAACUAUACCUUACCACGGCAUUGCCUAAUCCUCAUUAUCUACCCGAUGUUUGCAUCAAGGUGACCCUUAUUAACUUCACUGUCACGUUGGAAGGUCUUCAYGACCAGCUCUUGUCACGUACGGUACAACUCGAAAGACCACAYUUGGAGGCGCAGAGAAAGGAAAUUUUACAUAAUCUAGUGAAAGAUCGUUAUAAAAUGGAAGAAUUGGAAAAUCGGUCUCUWUCUCUUCUCCARACAUCACGUGGCAACAUCCUAGACGAUGAYGUACUCAUCACUACCCUUGAUGAGAGUGUCAAGAUGUCGCACGUCCUUCAAGAACGUGUCGAACAAUCAGAACACACCGAGGAAACCAUUAAUAUGAACCGAGAGAAGUAUAUUCCAGUAGCCAGUCGAGGCGCCAUUUUGUACUUCGUCCUGGUGGAAUUGGCCAACGUGGACGUCAUGUACCAGUUUGCGUUGCCUUGGUUUACACGGCUAUUCGCCAAGUGCCUGGAGUCUUCAAGAGAAGAAAGGCCACAUUCGCCCAUUCCUCCAGGAAGUGCAGGCACCAUAAGGCCCUUAAAGAAAGGAAAGGUUUACCCUGAAAAACGCAUGUCCCUAGUACAACGCGCCGGCUUUCGACGCCAAAUGACAGUUGGUAAACUAAAAGARGACAACGAUCUCCCCGAGUACCUGAAGGGUUUGGUGGACCUUCUGACUGAGAACGUAUACCGUGUUGUCUCUCAUGCCAUCUUUGCUCGCCACAAGCUUACCUUCGCGUUUAUGUUAUGUGCAAGUAUCUUGAGAAAUGAUCUGCUCAAGCGGGAUCCAGAAACAAAUCGACCAGCUAUAGACGAGCUGGAAUGGGAUCUGUUCUUAAGAGGAGCUGCCAUUGCUGCAAUAGCUGAAAGGUUAGCAGCACACGAGGGAGAUCCAGCACUGGCUAGAGUUAAGGUCCCAAGAGCGGGCAGCUUUGGACAUUUGGUGACCAAGAUGAGCAAGUCACCUGCCAAGUGGAUCCCAGAGUCGGCCUGGAAAGAGUGUCUACAGCUGUCAGGCCAAUUGGAGGCUUUUGCUGGUCUUACUUCCAAUAUUGCUGUUAAUCACAAAUUCUGGAAAAAGUUCUCAACUUGUGCUGACCCUUACGAACUUCUAGAAACUGGAGAAGACUUCUACCAACCGGAUGCCACAGGUCGUGUCAUGCGUGUUGGUUGGAACUGUUCAUCUCUUUCUCGAUUUCAAAGGCUCAUGCUCGUCAAGGUCCUUCGACCCGAGUGUCUGUUGGAGACUGUGCGCAAGUUUGUAGAGAAAGAACUUGGAAGCGUGUUUGUUACGAGCUUAGGUUUUGAUUUACAAGAUAUCUACGAAGAGUCUAGUUCUACAACUCCUCUAAUCUUCAUUCUAUCUUCAGGCUCAGAUCCUGCGUCACAUUUGAUACGUUUUGCUAAAGAAAUUCGAGGUACAACUCUUCACUUAGAAAUGAUCUCGCUGGGUCGAGGUCAAGGCCCCAAGGCGGAGGAAGCCAUUACAAAGGCUUACCAGCAGAAAGGAAAAUGGGUUUUCUUGCAAAACUGUCAUCACGCUUCAUCAUUUAUGCCACGAUUGCAGCAGAUAGUUAGAAAGAUAUCACAUCCAGACACAAAUGUUGAUKCACAGUUUCGUAUGUGGUUGAGUUCCAAGCCAGACCCCUCGUUUCCUAUCUCCAUUCUACAAGCAGGGCUGAAGAUGACCAUCGAGCCUCCACCUGGUGUCAAGGCGAAUCUACUGCGUUCGUUUGGUGGUAUAGGGGGCGUGGUAUCAGAGGCUCAGUUUGACGACACUAGUGUAGGGCCAGCAUGGAAAAGGCUCUUGUUUGGGUUGUGUUUAUUCAACGCUGUGAUCCACGAGCGAAAGAAAUUCAGUUCGUCUCUUGGWUGGAAUGUACCCUAUGAAUUUUCAUCAUCUGACCUUGAGGUGGCGAUUCAAAUGCUACGCAGGCUGCUGACCGAUCAUCGAGAGGUCCCUUGGCAGGCCAUGUGGUAUCUAACAGGCGAAAUCGCAUACGGCGGACGCGUCACCGAUCCUUGGGAUCAGCGGUGUUUGCAGAGCAUUCUACACAAAUAUUACAACCCUGACGUAUUACAAGAGGAUUAUGGGUACACUUCASACUUAGUUUAUCGUCCACCUCCACCCAAUAUAUCUUUGUCUGUUUGCUGUACGUACAUCGAGAGCCUGCCAGCCUCUGAUUCAACCGAGUUGUUUGGUAUGGAUCAAAAUGCAGAUAAUACUUACCUUAUAGGACAGGCAAAAACCCUUAUACAUGACCUACUGUCAGGGCAACCUACUGUCUCACUGGUUUCUGGAUCUACAAAGAACAACGAAGAUAUAGUUCUUGAACUAACAGACGACAUCGCUCACCGUUUACCCGCAAACAUUUUGGAAUCACUUCAUUAUGAUACUGGAGAACAACGUGARKSUUCCACGACCCCAAACCAAGUGAAAAAGAAGGCCGAUUAUAGUCGUUUACGAGAAAUAAGUAGUCAGUCACCAAUAUUAGUSACACUUGAGCAGGAAAUCCAGCGAUACGACCAUCUCUUGAACGUCAUCCAUUUUUCAUUAAGCCAGCUGCGACUAGCUUUACAAGGCCAAAUAAUCAUGACUGAUAAUCUUGAAAAUGCCUUUAAUUCGUUACUCAGUAAUAAGGUUCCUGCCCAAUGGAAGCGAGCUGCAUAUGAGUCUUGUAAGCCGUUAGGGGCCUGGGUAAGCGAUCUUUUAAGGCGGACCGAAUUCUUUGCGCGGUGGUUGGAAAUGAUUAAUUCACUAAAAGACUGGAAGAACGUUGAUCUUGCUCGCGUUCAUCCACGUGCUUAUUGGUUGUCAGCGUUCAUAUUCCCACAAGGAUUUCUGACCGCUGUUUUACAGUGCCAUGCGCGCAUGCGCAACCUUCCUGUUGAUUCGAUGGCGUUUGAAUACCAAGUGCGCAAGGAAUGCUGGACCACAGAGGAYUCUGUCUUCAGCGAUGGUGAUAUUGAUUUUAGAAGGAUGGCUUUUCAGGGAACAAACCCAGAUGACGGCGUUAUCAUAUUUGGACUUUACCUCGAUGGUGCAACAUGGGAUUCCAUAGCAGGGGUAUGCGAGUCUCUGAUUGGUCAACAACGAUACCCUUUACCAGACCUACAAUUCAUUCCGUAUCAGAACAUCGAGAAAGACGAAAAAGACAACAAAGACGAAGACAAAACUUUGGAAAUCUACGAAUGCCCUGUCUACAGAACGUCAGUUCGCGCUAGUUCCCUCACAACCACAGGCCACCCAACGAACUUUAUAACAUCGGUAGAACUUCCGUCGCUAAAGCCCGCGAACCACUGGAUAACGCGUGGUGUAGCGCUCCUGUGUCAGCUGGACGAGUAAAAACCUCUUAAUUGAUGUUGGCGUUUGCAAUUAACUUUAGUCAUUGGAUACAGGCUUAAAGAUGUCGUGUGAAGAGAAACCAGUCUCUGGAGUGAUUGCUUUUCAAAUUUCAAGCAAAGAUAGGUUUUUAUUAAUUAAUGAAGCUUAUUUAUUUGUAUAAGAGUGUAUUUUAGGAAAACUCAAAUGAAUUUUUGAUGUAAAUUUUUACACCUUUUUGUACAUUUUUUUAGAAAAUUAAAAUCGUUUAUAUCGA